GUGCCCUCACAUUUGUGAGCUGCGGCAUCUGAGAGAGUCGUCCUCAUCAUCUCCCUGCCUCGUUCUACAUAUUCAAUUCCUUCCUGUGCUACUAAGACUAUACGAAGAUCAGCAUGGACCGGAAGGCGAGCUGGUCUGUGGCAGAUGCUGUGGACUACAAGGGACUGCCUGCUGACAGGUCCAAGACUGGUGGAUGGGCACCUGCAGCUCUGAUCCUGGUCAUCGAAAUAUGCGAGAGGCUUUCCACCAUGGGGAUUGCAGUCAACCUGGUGACGUAUUUGGGAGGCACGAUGCAUAUUCCGAGUGCAGAGUCGGCAAACAUCGUCACGGACUUCAUGGGCACAUCUUUCUUGCUCUGCUUGUUCGGAGGUUUCCUCGCUGAUUCCUUCUUGGGACGAUACCUCACUAUUGCCAUCUUUGCUAUGAUCCAAGCACUAGGAACAGGCCUACUGUCCAUCUCCACGAAGCUGCCCCAGCUUCGACCGCCGCCAUGCAAUUCUACUGUCACCGGGCAAUGCCAGCGAGCUAAUGGCUUCCAGAUGGGCGCCCUGUACUUGAGCCUCUACCUCAUCGCGGUGGGCACCGGCGGCCUCAAGUCAAGCGUAUCGGGCUUCGGUACCGACCAGUUCGACGAGAAGGACGAGAAGGAGAGAAGUCAGAUGGCCUACUUCUUCAACAGGUUCUUCUUCUUCAUCAGCACCGGCACUCUGUUCGCCUGCACUGUCCUCGUCUACAUUCAGGACGAGGUGGGUCGAAGCUGGGCCUACGGCAUCUGCUGCAUCUCCAUGGUUCUCGCCCUUCUGGUGUUCCUGUCCGGGACCAGAAGAUACCGGUACAAGAAGAGCUCAGGGAGCCCAAUAGUGCACAUCCUCCAAGUGAUCGUAGCUGCAAUCAGGAAGAGGAAGCUUAUGCUUCCUUCCUCUGUUGUCUUCUUGUAUGAUGACUGUCCUGAGGCCUCCAGAAUCCAACAUACUGACCAAUUCCGUUUCCUGGACAAGGCUGCGAUCGUUGCUGAAGAAGAUCACGAAGUUAAGGGCGAGACUAAACAGCCGAACCCCUGGAAGAUGUGCUCCGUGACGAGAAUUGAGGAGGUGAAGAUGAUGAUUCGGCUGCUUCCCAUCUGGGCCACGACCUUCAUGUUCUGGACCAUCUACGCUCAGAUGAUCACCUUCUCCGUGGAGCAAGCGACGACGAUGGAGAGAUCCAUAGGUAGCUUCCAAAUCCCGGCAGGAUCACUGACGGCCUUCUUCGUGGCGGCGAUUCUCAUCACCUGCGCCGUCUACGACCGCGUCAUCAUGCCUCUGAUGAAGAAGUGGAAAGGCAAACAAGGUUUCACCAGCCUGCAAAGAAUCGGAAUUGGCCUGAGCUUCUCGAUCAUGGGGAUGGCCGCUGCAGCACUGACGGAAGUGAAACGGCUCUCGGUGGCCCGGGAAGCCGCCAGCGGCACCACCACGCUGCCCAUCAGUGUUUUCACGUUGAUACCGCAGUUCCUGUUCGUGGGUGCCGGAGAAGCAUUCAUAUACACCGGGCAGCUCGAUUUCUUCAUCACCCGGUCGCCGAAGGGGAUGAAGACGAUGAGCACCGGGCUCUUCCUAACGACGCUAUCCCUCGGCUUCUUCCUGAGCAGCUUCUUGGUGUCGUUCGUGAAGGGUGUGACCGGCGGCAAGGGUGGACAGGGGUGGCUUGCCGACAACAUCAACUACGGGAGGUUGGAUUGCUUCUAUGGGCUGCUUGCGGGACUGAGCACCAUGAACUUGGGAGCUUUUCUUGUUUGUGCUGGUUGGAGCAAGCCACGGGUAGAGAGCCCUGAGAAGGAUUCAUGCGGAGAAGACAAGUGCUGAGGGCGUGCUGAAGCAGAGCAUAGUCGAUAGGGGUAGCUGCUAAGCUUCUCGCGGUGAUGUCUUCUUGUGUAGUGGUAGAUGCUUGCUUUAUGCUUGUACUUUUGCAUGUUAUUCUUCUUCAGCUUGCGGAUUUAAAUGUUUGUCUCGAUUUCAUGUGCUUAAAUACAUAUGGCUUGCAAAAUAUUUUUGGAUUC